CUCUGUCCGAAAGGGAGGGCUGUGGGAGCGCUAAUUGAUGAACAUGAAGAGAGGCGAGAGGCCCCGUGGAGUCGGUGGUGAACCUCGCACUUCGCUACCGGAAUCUGGUGGCGGAGAUGAAGGCCGAGAACAUCACCCUGGACGACGCGGAGGUGGCUUGGUUCUUCAAGCAGAAGCUCAACCUGACGGAGAUGCAGAAGCAGAUGCUCGAGACGACUCUAUCUGGCAUGACUGAGGCCUAUGCUGAUGUGGAGCGAGAGUCCGUGAGGAUCCUCUUGCCCCUUCGAGCACAAGCAGGAAGCCUUUUGGUGGACUACAGCGACGGUCAUGGAGGACGACUUCAACAAGUGCCGAGGGUCGACAACGUCUUCUUUGGCCUCUGGCUCAACUUCAACGCUACGUUGUAUUCCUGGUCCAGAGGCAUCCGACUUGCUUCCGCUGGGCCGAGCAGGGCAGUGUGAUACACCCUCUCGAUUCGAGAGUUCCUUGCAUAGGCAUCGACAUCAAGGGCAAGGACGCCCACAUCCAGAUCACCAG